AUGGAGAGGUUGCAAUUAAAGAUUACGGAGAAUAGAGAUGUUAUAAGGAAGUCAGAAUUUUUCAAUGAGAUUAAAUCGUCAAUAGACGUACCUUUUACAAGAAUACGGUGUCUCGCUUUGGGCUCACCGUCGCAAAGCUCCGAUGCUAGAUAUCAAUAUGCAUUACUCUUAGAGUUGAUCGAUUUGUUGGGUGUCAAAGAAGUCUCCCUCUACGAUCCGGUAUUUACGGAGGAGGACAAACAGUUGUUUGGUGGUUAUAAAGUUGAAGAAACGUUCAAUCAACCGCAAGACAAAACUGUUCUUUUUUAUAUACCCCAUUUACCCCUUGAGGUUAUGGAGCAGGUAGUUAAUAAUGAAAAGCCAGUGUACUUCCUAGGUAAUGAUGUGAUUGCUCACACUGACCGGUUAACAAAGAAAAAACUAGCGGAACUAUACCCUAGUAUGGCCAUAAUGGUGCAAUACUUGGACAAAGGUAAGUUUGAUGAUGGGUUUACAAAAGUUACAAAAAGUCGAAAAAAAUAUAAGGAGCCAGAGAUCACAUACGACUUCGACUCUGUUUACUUUAACAACGUUAAGAUUAUCCGUUACCUACACAAUUUUAACAAAAGUGAUCCCUGGGGAAAUUCAUUCUCGGAUUUAGCACUACAUAAGCUCAUUAUAUAA